AUCCAACAAUACAUAAACAAAACGCACUAGAUUAGCAUUCAUUUUCGUAUUCGAUAUCAAGCCGAGAUGUGGCGGUGCGUUUCCCGUGGCAUCCGCAUUCCUUCCUCUAAAUCCACCGCCGCCGAUUCCGUUGGUCGUCUAUUCUCAACAUCCAGUGGAGCAGCGCCUUCAUACACUGUUGUGGAUCACACCUACGAUGCGGUGGUGGUCGGGGCAGGAGGUGCGGGGCUGAGGGCUGCGAUUGGGCUAUCGGAGCAUGGAUUCAACACUGCUUGCAUUACCAAGCUGUUCCCUACUCGCUCCCAUACCGUUGCAGCUCAGGGUGGAAUAAAUGCUGCAUUAGGAAAUAUGACAGAAGACGAUUGGAGAUGGCACAUGUAUGACACAGUGAAGGGAAGUGAUUGGCUUGGGGAUCAGGAUGCCAUUCAGUACAUGUGUAGGGAAGCACCAAAAGCAGUUAUUGAACUUGAGAAUUAUGGGCUGCCAUUCUCCCGGACAGAAGAUGGGAAGAUAUAUCAGCGUGCAUUUGGUGGCCAAAGCUUGAAUUUCGGAAAAGGUGGGCAAGCAUACCGUUGUGCUUGUGCAGCUGACCGAACUGGACAUGCUUUGUUGCACACACUGUACGGGCAGGCUAUGAAACACAAUACUCAGUUCUUUGUGGAAUAUUUUGCUCUUGAUUUGCUGAUGGGCAACGAUGGUAGCUGCCAGGGUGUAAUUGCAUUGAAUAUGGAGGAUGGAACCUUACAUCGUUUCCGUGCUGCCUCAACAAUUCUUGCUACUGGGGGUUAUGGUAGAGCAUACUUUUCCGCUACAUCUGCUCACACUUGCACUGGAGAUGGUAAUGCUAUGGUUGCACGUGCAGGAUUACCACUUGAGGACCUUGAAUUUGUUCAAUUUCAUCCCACAGGCAUAUAUGGUGCCGGGUGUCUCAUCACUGAAGGUUCCCGAGGUGAAGGUGGUAUUCUUAGAAACAGUGAAGGUGAAAGAUUUAUGGAACGGUAUGCCCCUACGGCUAAGGAUCUCGCAUCUAGAGAUGUAGUAUCUAGAUCAAUGACUAUGGAGAUUCGGGAAGGUCGCGGCGUUGGACCUUUGAAAGAUCAUAUCUACCUUCACCUGAAUCAUUUACCUCCGGAGGUUUUGAAGGAGAGACUUCCUGGUAUUUCUGAAACUGCAGCCAUUUUUGCUGGCGUAGAUGUCACAAAAGAGCCAAUCCCUGUGUUACCAACUGUCCAUUAUAACAUGGGUGGUAUUCCAACAAAUUACCAUGGAGAGGUGGUUACCAGCAAAGGGAAUGAUCCUGAUACUGUUAUUCCCGGUUUAUUUGCUGCUGGGGAAGCUGCCUGUGCAUCUGUUCAUGGUGCCAAUCGUCUUGGAGCCAAUUCACUCCUUGACAUUGUUGUCUUUGGUCGGGCUUGUGCAAAUAGGGUUGCAGAGAUCCAGAAGCCAGGAGAGAAACAAAGACCACUGGAAAAGGAUGCUGGGGAGAAGACACUUUCAUGGCUGGACAAGCUACGUAACUCAAAUGGUACCCUUCCCACCUCAAAUAUCCGGUUGAACAUGCAACGGGUAAUGCAAAACAAUGCUGCUGUGUUUCGGACUCAAGAAACAUUGGAGGAAGGCUGUCAGCUGAUUGAUAAAACCUGGGAAAGUUUUCAUGAUGUGAAAUUGAAGGACAGAAGCUUAAUAUGGAACUCCGACUUGAUUGAGACUAUUGAGUUGGAGAAUCUUCUGAUCAACGCAUGUAUAACCAUGCACUCUGCUGAGGCGAGGAAAGAAAGCAGAGGAGCUCAUGCAAGGGAAGAUUUUACGAAAAGAGAUGAUGAGAAGUGGAUGAGACAUACAUUAGGAUACUGGGAAAAUGAGAAGGUUCGACUUGAUUACAGGCCAGUUCAUAUGAAUACACUUGAUGAUGAAAUUGAAACAUUCCCUCCUAAAGCUCGAGUGUACUAGUGUGGUUGCUCAUUUGUUAGAAAUAUUGGGAAUUAGAUUUGUUAGCUAAGGUUAAGCUUUUGCAAUAAUCAAUAAAAUGGCAAGAAUUUUGUCAAAAGUAGGUCUAUGGUGCUGGUUAUUUUGUUAAGAAAAUCCUGAGCAGCUCUUGUAAGUUGUAUCUGGAACAUAUUUUGAUUUCUCAACGUCAAAUUAGAAGUUGUGUUUGUGAGGAGUUUUCAA